AUGACAAUCCAAUUUUUUGAUUGGCUCUCUUCCUUAAGAAUUCAAUUUAUUUAUUUUGCAAUUGUAAUUAGUCUUCCUUCGAUAAUUCUUUAUUUAAUUGAAAUAAUCACAAUUAUUGGAAAUAAAGAGUUUCACAAUCCUUUUUACAAACUUUUUUUAAUUCGUUCCGUUCCGGUUAGUUUAUUUUUUGCAAUUACAAAUUCCUUACGAAAGAAUUUAAUUACAUUAUAUUGAAUUUGAAUAAGGGUAUGGCAUGAAUAGUUUGCCUGGUUACUUUUUGGUCCCUUGUACAUUUCUGGAAUACAAAUCCCGUAAAAACUUUUCCGGAAAACAAGUACAUUUUAAAAUAUUAUCUCACUAUUUCGGAAAAAGUCUAUGUAAUAUUUUUCCGGAAAAUGUGUUUUAAAUAAUGUUUCCGGAUAAACAUGUUUUAUUUCAGAAUAUUCUCUACACACUCGACUCUUAUUAUUGUUAUCGCCUAACAAUUCUUUUCGGUAAUUGGCUAUAUCCUUUUUACGAUUUAUUGCCAAAUUGGAUGUUACGGCUUUCUUUUUUUCUUACAUAUUCUACAAUUUUAGCGGAUUUUUUGGCAACUUCUUUAAUUCUUGCAAAUCGUUGGACUGCA